GCUCGGGCGACUUUCUCAUGCUAGGUUAGGUACCUCUCACCUAUUUUUGUAAUGGCCGGGAGAAAACGUGUAGCAUCCAAAAAUGCGACAAACCCGACAGCCUCUGGGUCCUCCCGACAGACAAGAUCUAGUGCGAGGCGCUCUAAUGUUCCGGACAUCUAUCAACAGAUGCUUGUCGAAGCCAAUGUCCAAUCCGAUGCGCCCUUACCAGAGCGACCCUUGAAGAGACGGCGAACCGGUCAGAAAAAUGAGGAACCAAUUAAGACACCACAUCCCCCGGAGGUAACGGCGAAGCCCGAAGAUAUAGACGAUGAAGAAGAUGUGCAGUUUGAGGAUGUGCCAUUACCAGCUGCCACCGUCCAGACGGUAUAUAGAGAUGAGGAUGACGAAGAGGAUGACGACGAUAUACAAUUCGAGGAUAUCGACUUCUUGGCACCUCCCCCGAACUUAGGCAAAGCAGAAGACGCCAAUAAAGAUAUUGUGCUUGACUUUUCAACGCAGACGGCUACGGGUUCUCGUAAGGCUGUUGAUAGGCGAAAGCCAAUCAGCAGGGCAGAAAAAGAUCGUCGAAUCGAAAUACAUAAGAUGCAUUUGCUCUGCUUGCUAGCUCAUGUUGCUCGUAGGAACCAGUGGUGCAAUGAUGCUGCCGUCCAAGAUACUUUGCGAGCGCUAUUGACCAAGAAAAUGGUCACGUAUCUCAAUCCGGGGACUCAUCUUACUCAGUUCGGACGAACACAAUCUCUCAAGGAAGGUCUAGAGAAAGUGGGAACCAUGUAUAAAACAAAAUUUCAGAUCACUGAGCGAGGACUUCGAAGGGCACUUUGGGUGGAGAAUGAAGAACAUCUUAAAGGGUACAAACUACCAGACGAUAUAGAAUCGUCCAGAGAAAAGCCGGAUUUUCGAAAAGCAGCGGAAUCCCUCAGCGGCUCGCGCGAUGUUGGCGCUCAAUUGUAUUGUGCGCUCCUCCGUAGCGCUGGGGUUGAAGCCAGGCUCGUGUGCUCCCUUCAACCGCUUGCUUUCGCUUCGGGGGGGCCUUCUUUAGGGAGACCACCAAAACCGGAAGGGAAAUUAUCCAUCGCAGCGCGAUACGCACAAAUGCAACAGAAUGCUGCAAACAACAACACGGUUGAAUCAUCAGCGGAGGUUGUUGAUCCAAUCCGCAGGCGUUUGGGGCACCCGAAUGCGAUGGCUUAUCAUGCUCCCACCAUGCAUACCCCUAGCUCAUCUCGUGAAGCUCUUUCUGCGCCUAAAAAGAUCCGGGAAUCCUCAUAUCCCAUCUACUGGGUUGAAAUUCUAGACGAAGCCCACCAGAAAUGGCAACCCGUCGACCCGUUGGUGACAGAUUCGUUUUGGAAACCCCAGAAAAUGGAGCCUCCGGCUUCUGAUAGAGAAAAUUGUAUGACCUACGUUGUUGCGUUUGAAGCUGACGGCACAGCAAAAGAUGUAACUCGCCGCUAUGCGAAAGCGUAUAAUGCGAAAACGAGAAAGAUGCGAAUUGAAAGUGCGGAGGCUACUGGCGCAAGAUGGUGGCGAAAGGUCCUUCGGACUUUCUCCCGUGGCUUCACUUCGGACCUGGACCAGAUCGAGGACAAUGAGUUAACAGCUACCGAGCUGCGGGAACCAAUGCCUCGCAACAUCGCCGACUUCAAGGAUCACCCGAUAUAUGCAUUGGAACGUCACUUCAGGCGGAACGAAGUACUCAUGCCUGGUGCUUCUGCGUCAGGCACUAUAGGGGCUGGUAGUAACGGCCCCUUAGAGAAGAUAUACAGGCGGAAAGAUAUACAGAUCGCUCGUAGCAGGGAGAAGUGGUAUCGAAUGGGUAGAGAGGUCCUCCCAAACGAGAUACCUGCUAAGUUCCUACCUAAACGUGCAAAGCAGAAGGCAGAUUCACUAGAUGAUGAGGAUGAUGAUCCUGGGGGGGAUGUUGGUACGCCUAUCUACACAUUCAACCAGACCGUGCAAUUCAAGCAUCCUCCGGUCGUCAACGGGAAAGUACCCAAGAACAAAUUUGGUAAUUUAGAUAUUUAUGUGCCCAGCAUGGUUCCGGAGGGCGGUGCCUACGUGGCUGACGAGCUCGGAGCUCGAGCCGCGUUCAUAUUAGGAGUUGAUUAUGCACCUGCUCUCACUGGUUUCCAAUUCAAGGGUAGACAAGGCACGGCGGUUUUAUACGGAGUGGUAGUCGCCGCAGAGCAUGAAGAGGCUGUCCGAGCUGUGAUUACAGGUCUUAAAGACCGGGAGGCCGAUAUGGAGAAAGAGCUGCGGACCCGCGAGGUUCUUAAGACUUGGAAAUUAUUCCUGAGGAGCCUCAGGGUUCGGCAACGGAUUUGGGAAGGCGUUGACUCGGAAGAAGAGGAAAGUCAUAAUCAAGAUACCGCGGACCAUGAUAAUGGGAGUGAAGCAGCAUUGCAGGAACACGACAUAGAGGACGCGGCGCAGCAAAGUGAUGACAGCGGUGAAGCUGGGGGUUUUAUGAUAGAUGACGAUUACGCCGGAGGUUUUUUCGUCGAUUGAUAAGUUAAGGGCCCAAUAGUUUAGGUAGGGGUUGUUGACAGAUCCGAGCCAACCCUUAACCAGCGUAGUCCGCCGAUCUCAAUCCUACACCUCGGUAUAAUAACGGGGCUACUAAGCAGCCGCAUUCCAGGGCUCACUACAAAGGGGAUUCGAAGUUGCGCAUCUUCCAUCAGGAGGGGGCGAUGUUUCUUGGAAACCUAAUUGUCCAUAUAAAGAGAUUUGGUAGAUGUCUCACUCGUCAUAUUUUGCGACUGGUUAUGUAUACGAUGACGCGUCAAUCAAUCCUGUACGGCUCAUUUAUUCGUUCUGCAGCGUAUCAUCAUCAUCAUCGUUAUAAUUAAGGUACCCAGAGUGCAUACAUAUACCUAUACCAUGCAUGGAGAUUCAGGUAUGUUUGCUGUUGGCUGCCUGCUGCCUGAUACGGGAAUCUGCAGCACUUUUUUUCCGUCGAAAUUGACG